AUGGCGCAAGAUCCUCGAGGGAAGACUGCUAUUGUGACGGGUGCUGGUUCUGGCAUCAACUUGGAAUUUGCACGGCUACUGCUCCAGAAUGGCGCGAAUGUCUUGUUUGCAGAUAUUGCUCUACGACCAGAGGCACAGCAAUUGAUUGAUGAGUAUCAGUCGACACCGAAGGCGGUGUUUCAGAAGACCGACGUUACUUCGUGGUCAGAUCUUGAAGACACGUUCAAGGCGGCAGAGAAGCAUUUCGGUUCCAUUGAUAUUGUCUGCCCGGGAGCUGGAGUAUUCGAACCCAACUGGUCGAAUUUCUGGCAUCCACCUGGUUCUGCGGAAUCUAGAGAUGAUCGAUUAGGUGGACGGUACGCAGCAUUGGAUAUCAACCUGACGCAUCCCAUCCGAGUCACACAACUUGCCAUCUCGCAUUUCCUCAGUGCUUCACCACCAGCAAGUCCAUCAAAUCCGAAGUCGAUUGUGCACAUCGCGAGCAUUGCUGGACAGACGGCGUCCCUCCCCUUCCCGAUUUACCAUGCUGCAAAACAUGGGGUGCAAGCUCUGGUACGGAGUCUGGCAUCACUAGAACAAACCCAUGGCAUACGAGUCACGGGGGUAGAGCCAGGUGUUGUCAAAACACCGCUGUUCACAGAGCAUCCAGAGAAGUUGAAAGCCUUGGAUGAGGUCAAAGACACAUGGGUCACGCCUGAACGAGUCGCAGAAGUCAUGCUGGCAUGCGUUAAGGAUCAAAGCAUCAGCACCUAUCCACAAACGGAUGGUGGCGAGAGCGGCGAGGCUAUCACCAUUAAAGGAGGGACCUGCCUCGAAAUCUUGACGAGAAGAGUUAGGGACGUUCCUAUGUUCAAUAACGUUGGACCAUAUGCUGAUGGAGAACCGGGCGCUGGUGCUAGUAAUGCCCAUGUUCUUAUAGGGGAGGUUGAGGACUUGAUCCGGCCUGGAUGGGGUCAAUGA